AUGAAGGUGGCAGAUGCCCUCAGCAGAGCCUCAUUACCUGGUCAACCAGAAAUUACUCCUGAAGAUAUUGCUUAUCAUGUUCACUCAAUCAUCAACCAGCUACCAAUCAGCCAGUCAAAACUCUCUCAGCUUCAGCGCGAAACAGCAAACGACCUAGUUCUACAAAAGUUCAAACAAUACACCGUCAAUGGUUGGCCAUCCGAUGAUAACAUUGAUAGUUCCGUGAAACCUUUCUACAGCCAGCGUCACGAAAUUGUGUACAAUCAUGACCUUCUUCUCAAAGGGCGACAAAUCAUUGUGCCGAAAUCCAUGCGUCCUGAAGUCCGAACCCUUCUUCACCAAGGACACCAAGGCAUUGAAAAGUGCAAGAGUCGAGCCCGGCAAGCAGUUUAUUGGCCUGGAAUCAACCAUGAGCUAACUGUUCUUGUCUCUCAGUGUGCAACGUGCACAAAUCAUCGAACCGACAGCAAAAGGAAACACUGAUACCACACGACGUGCCUGACCAACCGUGGGUCAAAGUUGGUACAGAUCUCUUCUCGCUCCAUGGUCGAGACUACCUAAUAGUCGUUGAUUAUCACUCCAAAUUCUUUGAAGUAGCCCACAUUGCAAAACCCGUCGAGGCACCUGCCGUAGUUCGUGAAAUGAAGAAAAUAUUUAGUCGUCAUG